AAUAACCAUAGCUGACAUACGUUGGUAAGACACCUUUCUAUAAAGCAGGAGAGUUAAGCUGUUAAAAUGUCGCUCAGUUUGGAAAGGCUUAUGUGUGUUCUGUCUAUAGCAUCUUCUGGUUUAUGCACUUAUUUAUUCUUUGCGUUUGCAACUGCAGGAAGACUGAAACUCCCGGGAUCCGAUGUGUAUACUCGUUCACCGUUAUAUGUUGCCAACAAGUACAACGUUGAUAAUGACCCCUCCCAAAGCAUGGUUUCAAUUGCUUGGCCGAUCACCCUGCUCUCAAAUUUGCUUGCAUCUAUAUGCUUGUAUAAAAUCUGUAAGACCCGCAACAUUUUUCCACCGGUGUUUUACUUCACCUGGUCUGCCGGUUCGAUCCUAUCUGGUGUGUGGACAUUCACAUUUGAUCGUGAACUUCAUCUUAUAUCAGCUGUAUUGGUUGGUAUGAUUUGCGUUUUUGCCCCAAUACAGCUUUACACUGGGGUUAAAACGUAUCACAAGAAACAGCAGGAUAUGUCGGAUAAACUAAAAUGGGGUCUUGAGCGAGUGGUGUUUGAUAGCCUUGGUAUAAUGAUGACGUGGACUUUCACAGCUAUGACAUCAACUUUAACUUACGCCAUUGCCUACCAAUACUCAUAUCACUUGGAAAAACCUGUUUUGAGAGCUUGGCCCGGACGUGACGUAGCAGUGGUAGCAGGCACACUACUUUAUACAGGCGCCCAGUUAUUGUGGAUUGCCUACGAUAUGAUUAUAUACCCAAAAUAUACAAGUUGCUUACGUAGUGUUUACCCAAUGACAAGCUUCUGCAGCCUCGGGUUGUUCUUUUCAAACUAUGACAGCGGAAAUGGAAUGAAUUAUCACAACCUAGCCUACUUAGUUCUCGGAUUGAAUGCGACAUUCUUUUUCAUCCUUCGGGACAAAUUGAAGGGAAAAGUUCAAAACUCCGCAAUCUAUUAUGAAAAUAAAAAGAUGGACUAAACAGUUUUACUGGGCCCAGAAAUGGAGUCAUCAAAUCUGUAUGUUUCUAUUGUAAUAAAGUUAUAAUUAUGAAUGAAUAAAUGUAACUGUUUUAUCACAUCGUUACAUAAAUGACAUUAAACUGGGUGG